AUGGCGGACGGUAUCGCACGUGUGUUUUGGCCCAUCAGCAUGGAUGUGAAUUUGACCAUCUCUCUGAUGCGGGGCCAGAUGGGCGCUGUUAUUGAGAAAGCCGUGAACGUCGCAGUGGAGACCGUGUUAGGAGAAAUGAUCCGGGUGGUCGGGCUCAAAUUUGAGGAUAUCAAACGGGAGAUGACAGCUAAAGAGAAGGAGAAUGAGAACAUCAAGAGGAUGUUGGAGACGUCCCGCUGUCAGAUGAAAACUAUGCGCAAGUACAUCAGCGUCCUGUCUGCUAAAGAGCCCAACCACAGACUGUAUCAGGGAGAUGGAGACAUGGCAACAACAUCCACAGGGAUGCACUGCAGAAGAGGGCCGAUGAGCAAUCCCCCAAACCCCUGUCCCAGACCUAGAGUCUCCGAGCCAGCCCCUGUAACGUUAGCUGGACCCUCAUGGGUGAGACAGCAGAUGCACAUGUCCAAAGAAACAUUAAGAAGUGAGAAUCACAUUCCUGAGGUCAAUAUUGAAGAGACCCAUGGAUCAACAGUUCAUAAAGUUGAGAACUCAAGCUCUCAUCUGGUGGACAGUCAGGCGCUUCUGUCUGAGACCAUUGAUCCAAUCUGGGGUCAGGACCCUCUCGCCUCUGCAGACAUGCUGGACAGCAGCGUCCUCUCUGCACCCAUGAUGGCAGAUGAAAGUGUGUCAUCCCAAAUGACAAGCACAUUGACCUUUGGAGCACCAUCACUUAAAAUCAAACAGGAAGAGGCAGAGGUUGAAAUAGUUUGUGUAAAAGAUGAACCCGCAGAAGCUGGAAGCAUACAUACAUUUGAAUAUUCCAACGCUGAACUUCACCAGCCAGCGGAAGAACCAGAGCUCGGGGUCUCACUAGAUCUGCCCGCAUCAUUUCAAGCUCUUCAGAGUCCAAGCACUUCAGCAGACCUUGCAAUCCCAGCAUUCAUCAGUGUGGACCCAACUACCUAUGACGACUCUCAGCUGUCAGUGGCAGGGGUCCAAAAGCAGGUGCGUCCGAGACGUAAGGACCUGAAUCUGUAUGAAGAAUACAAACUCAGCCGGACUCUGAGAGGCCGCAACACGAACCGAGGCCGUAGUACAAACCGACGGCGUGAGCUGGAGCAGACUCUACCGCAGGCUCUACUUGCAGACUUGGUAAGGGAACGAAGGGAAAAGACUCGUCUUCGAGUGGCCCGCUGGCGUGCCAAACGCAAAUUACAAGCCUGUCUGAUGGCCUCGCAGGCUGUGCAGUUUAGCGGCGCUCCUGUGCAGAGUUCACCUGCCCAGCGUGGCGGCCUGAUCUCCUCACGCAGGCGAGGCGGAGCGAUGGCGCAGCGCGGUGGGCUUGGAAUGAGAAGGGGACUGUCAGAGACUGGCACAUAUAACCUACUGCUGCAGCUGGGACCCAGUCCUACUCAAUCAGCUGCGACACGCGGCAUGAAUGAGGGUCUGAUGCCGUCUGGACCCUCAGCGCUAUCACAGCACAGAACCACUGCACCGAGAUCAACUUAUCAAUGAUGCAGUUAACGAAGUAUUGGCGCGCUGGGUUGUUGUCAUCUUAAUGGUUAACCGUUAUAUUUUCCGAAGUGAGGCACUUACACUAUAAACUUACACUGAUCUGUGCAAACCUCAUAUACAACAAAAAUUGGACUAUUCAUUAAAGGUGCUGUAUGUAGGAUUGACACCGAGUGGUUGAACUAGGUA